CCUUGCCACCCAGUCUUUAAUAAUGGCGGCUGUGCUAGGUCGACCAAAAAAUUAUUUUCGACAAAAUGUUCCUUAAAGGAACGAGUCAUAGAUUUAUAUCGAAUAAAUUCUUUCACAUUUACUUCUAAAAUAUUGUGGUUUACUCAAAUUUUACGCUGUCUUUUAUGCUUUUUAACGGAUCAUGUUAUUCGAAAGUAUUGUUAUGUCGACUAAACUAUACAUGUGCAUGUUCAUGUGUGAUUGUUAUGUAUGUGUGUUUUAUCCAUGACGAUCAGUAUCAAAGUAUUGAAGAGUGCAGAAAUAAUUAUAAUGCUUCGAAACUUUUUUCAUUAUUUAAUAUAACACUAGUAGGUGACAUGCCUAGCAGUCGUGAUAUCGAACGAGCUGAACGUAAUGGAAGAUUUCGAUCACGUAGACGGGACAGCACAGGUAGCGAUAUAAAUAGACAUAACUUUGAAAGUACUGAUAAGAAACACAGGAGACAUGGAAAAAGUAAGAGUUCUGGAAAGAAGAAGAAAAAGAGAUCUAGAGAUAAAUCUAUAGAAAAUGUACCAACUGUAGCUUCUUCCAUUGUUAAGCCUUUGGUUGAAUACUCAGAUGUGAGUAGUGAAGAUCUGUCGGAACCAGAAGCAGGGGAGAUUCAGUCAGAAGAUAGUAGGGGUAAUAGUUAUACAGACGGAGAAGUACCUGAAACAGUUUUACAGAGACGUUAUUAUGGCGGGAGUCCGGUGCGUGCUCUUGGAGCAUCACCCAUUAGUCUUUCACCAUCUCCACCAGUUCAGCAUAGGCAUUCUGGCAGACAUUUUUCACCAAAUGAACAACAGCCUUCAACGAUGCAUGGAGGUACACCUGAGUAUGAAGAAGAGUCUAGACGCUAUGCAAGGAGAAAAGAGAAGAAACAUAAACGAGAAAAGAAAAAGAAAAGAAGUCUUAGUCCUUCAUCCAGCUCUGGAAAAAAGAAAAAACGGAAGUCUAAAAGACAUUCUCAUAGUAUGAGUCCUCAUCGUAUUCCGGAUGAAAUUAUCAUAAGUCCGGAGCAUGAAAAACCAGUUGGAAAUUGGUCAGAGUCUCCACCUUUACCACUGAAAGAUAGUACUUCACCAAUCUCACCUGCAACACCCCAAGAGCAAAGAUGUUUAAGUGAUGUUGAACUUGAAAUAUCCAGGCAACCCCGAAAUGUAACACCUCCACCUCUUCCUCCAAGACCAACAGAAUCCCCUCAUACCCCUUUGUUACCGCCAAGAACAACAACGCCAGAAAGUAAUAAAGUAAAUUUAUCUAUAAUAAAACAUACUCCUGAAAGACAGAAACAUAGUCCUAGUAUUCACACUCGACGUAGCAGCAUUAGUCCGGGGCCAGCAAUGAGUUCUAGUCGUAGAAGACCUCAUAGCCCAAGCCCACCAUCAAGACGAAGAGACCACAGUCCAGCAAGAAGAAGAGAUUUCAGUCCAAGUCCAAUGGUACAUAGACUUAGGCACAGCCCUAGUCCUUCGAGGAGACGAGAAUUUAGUCCGAGUCCUGUCAGUCAUCGACGUAGGGGAGAUCCUGUUAGCUCUCCACCAUCGAGUAAACGCCGAAGACGAGACGAAUCCGACCGACGACACAGACAUCAUGAAAAAGAUAGAAGAGAUAAAAGAAAAUCUAGAUCAACUAGAAGUCCUACUGGAAGCAGGUUACAUUUACCUCUUUCUCGUUCACGAUCUCGAAGUCCUGGAAGAUGGCGAAAGAUUCAGUCACGUUCAAGGUCACGUUCGCGCAGACGAAGUCGUACUCCAAAGAAAUCUCGUUCUCCUAGCAAGUCUCACAAGUCGACCAGGAAACACAAGUCAAAAAGCCCUCGUCCUUCUAGAAUACCUUCCCCUUCUCCUCAUAGACCCAGACCAAGGAGUCCAACAGCGAGAAAUCUCAGUUUACAAGCAAAAAUUAGUGAAACUAGUUUAUUUGCUGAGUUAGUAAAAGACAGAAAUAUGAGAGAGUUGGCAUAUAAGAAAUUACAGGCAGCUAAAGAAAAAGCUGUUAAUCAGGACGAAGUUCAAAUCAUAGAGGGCACCGACGAUAAAGAUGCCAGCAAUACAUCCUCUGAAAAUAAAGCUUCCACUGAUAAUAAAGAUAAAUACAUAAAUCAUAAAGACCAAGUGAAGGGAACAAGCGAAAACAUGAAAUCUGUUGAUGUUGUGGAUAUUCCUGUUCCAGUCUCAGACGAUAAUGGAAUUGCGGGAAAGACACCUCCAUUGCCCAUGACACAAUGUUUCAGUGCAUCGAACUUAAUGCCUGGAGGUAAUCAGCCUCCAUCUGUUGUAUAUACUUCACCUACGACCACUACGUCUAAUAAUUGUCCAGUGACUGUUACAAGUAGUCCAAGUUUUCCAGCUGUUACCAAUGUACAAGCACCCCCAUUGCCACAAUCUGAUCCUGCGAACGCGUCAUGUUUAUCACAAGCCUCUAUGCCAGUGCCUAUCCCUGUACCAGUACCUGUUCUACCCAACUUAUCUGUUCCACCGCCACCAAUACCAAUUCCAGUUCCAGCACCUAAUACGGCCAUGUCUAAAUUCAAUCCUCCUAAUAACUUAGUUCCUCUUAAGUCUGUAGAUCCCCCUAAACCCCCUAUCGUGGCAUUCAAGACAAAAAGUUUGUCACGGUUACCAUUACCACCUGGAAUUAAUCAAAAUGAUUUGGAGAGUAUAGACUCGCCGCCGAGUAGAUCUCCAAGCCCACCUAGCAAGGCGCAAAUGAAGUUCCCUGCAUCAACUCCGAAACCACCGCAGAAGAAGAGUAUUAAAGAUUUGCCUAUGCCUCCAGUAGUUCCAGGGUCAGAAGACUUAAGUGGAGAAGAUGAUCCCAAUGCAACACCGCCGCGUACAAAGGUCGAACGUGUUCCACCGAAACCGAAGUUGAAGAGACCAAAAAUCCUUAAACGCCGAAGCUCCAGAAAUUGUCACACACCUAUGUCAGCUUCGGGUGGUAAAGACUGGGGAGAACGCUGCGUUGACGUAUUCGAAGUUAUCGCCCAGAUAGGAGAAGGUACUUACGGCCAAGUUUACAAAGCUCAAGAUAAACGGGCUAAUGUACUUGUUGCACUGAAGAAAGUCCGUUUGGAAAACGAGAAAGAAGGAUUUCCGAUUACGGCAGUACGUGAAAUAAAAAUUUUGCGACAGUUGAAUCACAAAAAUAUUGUCAAUUUAAGAGAAAUAGUCACUGACAAACAAGAUGCCUUAGACUUCAGAAAGGACAAAGGAUCGUUCUAUCUUGUGUUCGAGUACAUGGAUCACGAUUUAAUGGGUCUUUUAGAAUCUGGGAUGGUCGAUUUCAAUGAAAUGAAUAAUGCAAGCAUUAUGAAGCAAUUAUUAGACGGUUUAAAUUACUGCCACAGUAAAAACUUUUUACACAGGGAUAUAAAGUGUUCAAACAUAUUGAUGAACAAUAAAGGAGAAGUAAAGUUAGCAGACUUUGGACUUGCAAGACUUUAUAAUGCCGAAGAUAGGCAGCGCCCUUACACAAAUAAAGUUAUUACUUUAUGGUAUAGACCACCUGAACUAUUAUUAGGUGAAGAACGUUAUGGACCUGCGAUAGAUGUUUGGAGUUGUGGUUGUAUUUUAGGAGAACUGUUUUCUAAAAAGCCGCUAUUCCAGGCGAACGUAGAGAUGAUGCAAUUGGAAAUGAUCUCCAGAGUUUGCGGCACACCGACUCCAGCCGUUUGGCCUUCUGUGAUAAAAUUGCCAUUGUGGCACACACUCAAGCCAAAAAAAUCACAUAGAAGACGCUUACGAGAAGAUUUCUCGUUCAUGCCGGCUCCAGCUUUGGAUCUACUAGAUAAAAUGUUAGAAUUAGAUCCUGAAAAGCGAAUAACGGCUGCUGAUGCACUUAAAAGUGCUUGGCUAAAAAAUGUUCAACCUGAGCAGAUGCCGGCGCCACAACUACCUACUUGGCAAGAUUGUCAUGAGCUUUGGAGUAAAAAACGAAGACGUCAGUUGCGAGAACAACAAGAGAGCUCUGCAGGAAAGAUACCUUUGCUACCUCUUCCAAAUAAAGGAGGUCCCCAUAAGGCUAUUGAAGAUCUAUCAGAUGUCGGGGGGUCUUCCAAACGUUUAAAAAUGGAAGCAGGCUACAAUUCCCAUCCAAAUCGACUUGGUGCGGAAUCUCAUUACGGCGGAGAUAAUUUGUUUAAUCAAGGCGGGCCAUUUAUGGUCUCACCCUCAUCCUAUUAUUAUGCCAGUCCUCCACCUGUUAAACCUCGACUUAAGGGAGACGCUAGUUCUCAUUUAACAGAACUAUGUGCUGAAGAUAGUCUUGCUCGAAAAUUAAGUAUUCUCACAAAUGCCUUAAAUCAGGGAAAACCAAUUCGUGUUGAUGAUCUUAUGUCACUUCGAUCAGACAAUGAGAGUGACCCUAAAGUAGUACAAUUAUUAGGAGAAUUGCAUACCGAACUACGACUUGCAGCAAAUUCAAGACCAAGUGGACAACUAGAAUCUCAUCUUCCUGUACUAAAUCCACCGUCUUUAGAUACAAAUACUUCUCAGUCAGGAAAUUUUGAUGCACAUGCAGUUUAUGCUGGUGACGAUGCUAUGAGUUCUGGAAGGUGGUCACAUUUGGCUACAGCUGGUGUUCGCAGUGCAUUAUUGGCGCUUAUGUCGCGCUAUGGUUUGGAAACAUACAAUCCUUCCCCUGCUAUCACCCGACCCCCAGGUAAACCGGCAUCCAGUCUGAUGCAGAACCUUUUCCUGCCCUCGACUUCCUCUCAGUCAGCAUUCAGCUCAUAAUGAUUUGUAUAUAUGGACUCAUUGCAGCGUUUUAAACUAUGUUUUGUAUAAAGUUGGAAAAGGUCUAAAUUGCUAUUUUUUAAAUUGACUAGGCAAGGAAGUACAACUGCAUCCAAGUUGUUUAUAGACUCUACUACCUAUACAUAACUGUAAGUGCACAUUCGGUGUAUAACUUGUAUAUAAUUGAUAUAUUAUCAAACCAGUUACUUAAUACGGUACUUGUAUCUUUAAUAAUAUAAAUGCUCUUUAUAGUGCACAUUCAUGCGACAAAUGAAAUAAGAGCUUUAAAAUUUUAAUCAUUCUUUCUUGUUUUUUCAAAUGUAGAUUUAUUUUUUUCCAUUAAGAAAUAUUUAAUAUUUAUAUAUUUAUAUAAUAUAUUUAUAAAUAUAUAAAUAUUAUAUAUAUAUAC